AAUAAGAUUACCAGCUUUCUUUCGUUGGAAGAAAAACAUCAUGGCACAAGCUCAAGAGAAGAGGUCAGAACUGGACGCUAAGGCCAAGCAAGGUGAAACCGUCGUCCCCGGUGGCACAGGAGGCAAAAGCCUUGAAGCUCAACAACACCUUGCUGAAGGAAGAAGCAAGGGUGGUCAGACUCGAAAAGAGCAGGUGGGGACCGAGGGGUACCAGGAGCUGGGCAGCAAGGGUGGUCAGACUCGAAAAGAGCAGCUGGGGACCGAGGGUUACAAGGAGAUGGGCAGCAAAGGCGGGGAGGCGCGUAGGGAAGAGAUGGGAAGUGAAGGGUAUAAGGAGAUGGGGCGUAAAGGUGGUCUGAGCACCACUGAGAAGUCGGGUCAAGAGCGUGUUGAGGAAGAAGGUAUCGAGAUCGACGAGUCCAAGUAUCGAACCAAGACCUAAUGGAUGGAUGGAUCUCAAGUACGUAGUAGCAAGUGGUUUAUGAUCAACAGUUGUAAAGUAAAUAUAUCUUAAGUUUCAGUUUCAAGUCUUAGGUUAGUUAUGAAGUAGUGGUAUCGUCUUUUGAAAUGAAUGUUGGUUAGUCGGUCUUUUGCCAGGUGUAGCUUUUUGUGGGGGCAAUAGGCUGGCUGUAUGUACAUUUUGCGUAUGAAUAUAUGUUCUAUAAUCAUAAGGCU